CGUAAAGGGAAGUCGACGACAAAGUGUCUCCUUGCGCCAAACGCGUCCUAACAGCGGUCACAACAUGGCAACAGCGCGGUUUUGCGUCCUGGCUGUUGCCCUCUCUGCCACUUUAGCGGAAGACUUUAAAUUAAAAUACAAGCCAGCCACGAAACCUGUGCGGCUAUUCACAGAGGAGGAGCUGAAGCGACACGACGGCAGCGCGGAGGGACAUCCUAUCUACAUGGCAGUAAAAGGAGUAGUGUUUGAUGUAACCAGGGGAAAAGAGUUUUAUGGAAAAGGUGCACCGUACAACGCCCUGGUGGGUAAGGACUCCUCGCGAGCUGUGGCUAAGAUGUCCCUGGACCCGGCAGACCUGACAUCAGAUACUACGGGCCUCAUGGAGGAGCAGCUGGAGUCUCUGGAGAGUAUAUUUGAAGAGACGUACAAAGCAAAGUAUCCCAUUGUGGGCUACACAGCAUCACGCAUCCUCUCUGACGAUGGAAGCCCCAACAAGGCCUUCAAACCAGAGGACCAGCCUCAGUUUCAAAUCAAAGAAGAGUUUUAAUCUCAUUUGACCUUUUUUGUACAAUAUAGUCUAUCUAUCUAUUAGAAAGGGGGCGGGUGGUGAGCUGACAGAGCCGAUGCAAUUAACAAACUAAACAUCACGCCUUAUAUUGCCUCAACUUAAGUUUUAUUAUGGCUUCCACUAACUAUCAUUUUUGUAAUUGAUAGUGACGAGUUACUUAUUCCUUCAGUCUGAAGAAAUUCAGUUUUCAAAUUGUAAGUGUUUGAAAAAAGAAAGAAAAGUGUCUUAUUUCAAAAAGCAAUAUUUGGCCUCCAUAAAUGAUUGUUGCCUAUUCAUUUUCUGUCAGUUGACUUUUCCAUUAAUUGCUUAAAAUGUAGAUUUUAGUCAAAAAAAGUUGUCAUUUAAUGUUUUGCCCUUCAGUCUAUUUAUAUACUUGUAAAAAACACUGCCUCUGCAGUUCUGUGAAUGUUUUCUACCGUAUGUUGUUUUUGUAGAAUUAUCAUUAAAGUCUGUAAAUCUCUAAA